AUGAGCACAAAGGAAGUUGAUGAGCAGAUGCUCAAUGUCCAGAACAAGAAUUCAUCCUACUUUGUGGAAUGGAUCCCAAACAAUGUCAAGUCAACAGUCUGUGAUAUUCCCCCAAAUGGGUUGAAAAUGGCAUCGACAUUCAUCGGUAACUCGACUUCGAUUCAGGAAAUGUUCAGACGUGUGAGUGAGCAGUUCACAGCUAUGUUUAGGAGAAAGGCUUUCUUGCACUGGUACACAGGCGAAGGUAUGGACGAGAUGGAAUUCACAGAGGCUGAAAGCAACAUGAAUGAUCUGGUCUCCGAGAACCAGCAGUACCAAGAUGCAACUGCCGACGAGGAGGAAGACGUAUAUGACGAAGAAUGA